ACGACUGUCAGUGCCACCACCGUGGGGCGCCUGUGGUGUGAAUACGCCGGCUACUUUCACGUGCAAGUUCAUGCACUCCUUGUGGCUGACCCGCCGCCAUCGAUGCGACGCGAGCUCAACAGACCGGGGUAUGGGGGCUGAUAAGCGUGGCCGACGGGAGGGAUCGGCUGCAUUGUUGAGGCAACAGUACCCUGACAGUCAUUACAUAUGUGCAUACGUAUACGCAGAAAAUCCAUUGGGAAAAGGGAAACUGGAAACCGAGGAACACGAAAUGAGUCCAGAUCGCCCCACCCGGACAACGCAAGUUCCCAUCUAUGGAACGUGCCAGGCAUUGGUCAAUUGGAACCCCGGGGAUAACAAAAAAAAAAUACUUCAUGUGCGAGGCUUCCAGUAUUGCACCUUCAUCCAACCCCUCGCGUAUAUAAAUUGACGGUAGCCCGGUGUUCUUUCGUUGCGUGGUACUGUAUUGAAUCGA